GAAGCCUUUCUUUUCAGUGUAAUCUAAUAUACAGAGUUAAAAGAACUUUCUCAUUACUGUCUCAACACAAAAAGCCCCUAGAUGUAAACAUAUACCAGUAGUAACUUCUGACUAGAGCCAUAUUCACACAGAUCUUCUCUUUCUAAAUAGGAAUCUGUUGGUAAUUAAUUCUCUUAUUGUUUUGUAGUUUUUGUUUCACAUUACGAUUAAUUUGGAUAAAAGAUGAACACUGCUGUGGCCACAAACAACAUUCUUCUGAACGACUACAGGCAUCAUAUUGUAUAAAAAAUAUUGUAUAAAAAGAUGCAAGGUUUUAGACUUAGACUUGAUACAGGCAUUUUAAGUGCUUUUGUGCCAAGAAGUUUAUGUUAAAGGUGCACUGUGUAACUUCUCUGGUGGAGGGCCCAUCACCUGCUUGUCUCCAGGGGAUUGUCAGGUGGUGCCGCUGUUGGAGUGAGACUGUUGCAUCAAUUUAGGCUUAGUAUCUACGUUUGUUAGAAAGGGCAAGCAUAAAAUCGGUAUCCUCAGGGUGCUAUGCAGCAAGAUAGAGCAUGUCCUCUUUGGCCCAGCUCCACUGCUUUCAUAUCCUCACAGGGCACAUUCAGACUUUAUUUCUAUGUAAUUUGAAUUACAGUUUUUAUUGGAUUGAACAUGAUGCAUUCCACAUUGCAUUAUACUUCACAUGGUAAUGCCUGAGAAAGAUUCAACGCAAGGUGCUGCACCCUAAGAAGGUGUUGUGGUAACAGAAGCUCAGAUUAAUGUUUAAACUUGUCCUUUAUGUCUCCGGUCUGCAGGGCACAUGCAUGAGGAGUGUGGUUUUGUGUCAGUCUUUUACAGUCUGUCCUGUGUGGCCAUAUGGAACACACCCCGGGAGCAGUGAAGACACGAAACCUUCAGCAGAGCAGCUCCAACUUGUCCAGUUUACACACAUUUACACUCAGGAGAGUAUGAGGAGGUUCUUCAGAGCGCAUCGGGAGGAAGACUACAGUCAGAUCCAGUAUUUGACUGCAAAAUGCACACGCCUGGCACAUGACAAAGCAAUGUUGGACAGAGAGUUUGUAGUGUCCAGAGACAGAGAGAGAAAACUCCAGACUGAUGUGGAGGCAGUGACCACUCGCCUGCUCCAACAAGAGCAGGUCAACAUGGAGCUGAGGAUGAAGCAGGACCAGCUCGUUGGCAGGCUCCAGCAGCAACAGGACUUGGUUGAAGUGCUGCAGCAGCGCUUGGGUCUCGUGACAGAGGAGAGCUCUCGUGACGCAGAGUUGCUUCGACAAGUCGGGUCAGAGUUGCUGUUUCUCCAGAGCUCCGAGCUGAGACUACAGGGCCUGGUGGAGGAGCUGCAUGCUGAGGCCCACCACAGAGCCACCCUGGUGACAAGCCUGGAGGCAGAGCUACACAAUGAGACCAAGCGGAGAGUUUCUUUGGCAAAGAGCCUCCAAGAAGAGCUGCACAGUAAAACAUGGCAGCUGGAGCAGUUGCAGGAAGCCAACCAAACCCUGGUGCAGGAGCUGAAAGAGCUGCACAGUUCUCAUCAAAAAGAGGUGCACGAGUUGCAGGUGGAGAAUGAGGGAAGCCUGAGAAAACUUCAGGCCACAGCAGAACAGUUUGAAUGGCUCUGUCAGCAGCAGAGAUACUGGGUGUGUUGUGUCAAAAGGUUUAAAGAUGGACUGGUGGAGGAAAGGGAUGCAUUGCUGCAACAGGUCAAAAGUUUACAGAAAAUGGUUCAAAAACGCAAGAAGAUUUUAACCGAUGACAUAACAGACCUGCGCUGCCCUCUGCAGGAAACGUGCAGCUGUGACAGUUUAACAGCAUGGAACAAGGACACAAUGGCCGACCUGGAGUCACAUAUGGAAAAAUCAAACAUUCUCUAUGACAAACUCUUCAGUCAGACAUGCAUUGCUGAUCAGAAGAAGAAAUAAGGUUUUCAGAUCAACACCCCAGUAAAAAUAAACGGAACUUGCAAUAUAAUUUAACUUAUUAAAUA